UAGUUUGUUAUAUAAACUCUUUAUUUAAUUUUGAAGUAACAAUAUUUCCAAUGACAAAUUUUAUGUUUAACCAAAAUAGAAUGAUGUUAGAGUCAUGCACAAUCAAACAGUAAUGCAUAUGGAUUUGUAUAUUUUAGUAGUUGAAGUGUUUCAUUAUAUAGUUUAUUUUUCAUUAUGCAGAUGACAUCAGGUCAUGGUAAUGAGCAAUGGCGGAGUAGUAGUUCUCGUGGAAAGAAUACUACUAAGAGUAAAGUAAAACAAAUCACGUCUAGAUCGAGUCCGUCUCAUUCUUUAGUUCCACCCUUACAUCCACCAUCACAAGGUUCAUCACCAUUUUCACAUUCUUUCUAUGGUACCCUUCUCCAGGGCUGUAACUCAAUACUUCCCCAAGGAUAUAGCUCAAUGCCUCCCCUAGGCUUUAGCUCGAUGCCUUCCCAGGACUACGGGAUGUCAUCUUCUACCCCUUUUUACAAUAUGCCUACCCCAGAUCGUUCCUCAGUGCCUCCAUCUCUUAUACGUACACAUGGCACACAUUCAUCUUGUCUCGCUGCCAUGGAUCGACGUCCACCUUCAGACACUACAUUGUCAAAGUCCAUUCAACCAGUUAGUCCACAACUUUCUAGGUCAAAUAUUGGAGCGAGCAAUUCUGAGAUGUGCAAUUCUGAAGCAUCUCCUAAUCCUUCUUCGACUCCGUCUUCUGUUCACGGUCCAGAUCUUCCACCACCUGGAGAGUUAGAUCAGCUACGGAGGGUGCGCAUUAUAGCUGAUGGGGAUGGGUUUUAUCCUUCCAGACUGGCUGCAAAUGCAAUUUCAGCAGGAAUCCAGAAGCUUUAUGAUGGUUUUUAUCCGUCUUGGGGUGAAGUUUCCGAUCGUACAAAACAAGGAGUGCUCAAUGAGUUUAUGAAAAUCUGUACAUGGAGUCUUUGCGAGGAUCGAAUUAUUCAAAGUAAUUUUAAGAAGGCAUCUUCUUUAUUGUCAUGCAUGCCUUCUAAAGCUCGAAGUAACGGACAACGGCCUGGAUGGCUUGGGUCGGAUUAUUGGGAUAAACUUAUUGUAUACUGGCAGUCCUCGGAAUUUCAAAAGAAGAGCAACCAGACAAAGGCAGCUCGAAAGUUCAAGAAGGGUGGCUCAUUGCACACGUGUGGUUCGGUAUCCAUGGGGACAGCUAAGAGGAAAUUGGAAGCAUCUCUUGGUAGACCAGCCACUCGUGAAGAGUUAUGGAAGAAGACCCAUAUGAAAAUUAGAGAUGGAAAAGAAGUUUGGGUCGAGACACGGGCAGAGGACACAUGU